AUGACGACUUUUGCCUGCCUUGCGCUCAUGCGCUUCGACCAACUGCGCCUCGUCGGCUUUCCACCACAGGCCAACGACUGGAUCAGCCAAGCGAUCCUGCGCGCAUGGCCUGACGGCAUCUCAGCCGGCAAGGCCCACCCGCGCUGCUAUGAGAUCAAGCUCGGCGGGACCCCGUGGGCGCCCAAGGGCCAUGAUGCCAUGCACGCGCGCUUCCUUAUGCUCGAGAUCCUCACGGAGCUCAAGCGCCACGGCUACACCCUCCACUCGUCCAGCGACGUCGCCAACUCGGAGCGCGCACGUGAUACGCUCGUCUUCCGCCAUGGCCUCCUCGAGGAGUCGCCGGCGAUGUUUGCGAUCUCGACCAACGCGAGCGACCUUCUGCGCUUGCUGCGCGCACCAGCCGAGCUUGAACCCGUGGUCGAGCAGCUCAUUGCGCGCCACUGGCCGCCAGGGCUGCAUCGCAAGACGCUCGACGUCGUGCCGGGCUGCGCCGAGUUCAAGUUUCGAGAGUGUCCAUGGGCCUUCAACGUCAUGCACAACAUGAACGACGACGACAGCGACGACGCACGCAUCUUCCUACUCCACCUCUUUGCCACGCUCGAGGAACGUGGGUGGCACUUGUACGGCUCGAUUGGCCAAGCGACGAGCAUCUUCUCGGACGGCCGCGCCAAGGACACGUGUUACUUUUACCACGCGGUUCCAUUUGCAGUACCAGUUGUGAAGGUGCCUACCGAUCCGAUGGCCCCGUCGGCGCCAGCGUUCAUGGCCUAG